UUUCCCACAACACCCCGCUCCUGCUCUCACAGAUGACGAAAAUGGCGGACAACGGCUCAUCGGUCGAAAUUGUGGAGGGCUGUCGCCUUCCGGUUCUUCGCAAAAACCAAGAACACGAAGACGAGUGGCCUUUGGCUGAAAUUCUAAGUGUGAAGGAGGUCUCUUCCAGAAAGCUCUUCUAUGUUCACUACAUUGACUUCAACAAGCGCCUGGAUGAGUGGGUCACAGGGGACCGACUGGACAUGAAGAAGCUCCAGUUCCCUAAGAAAGAAGCUAAAACGCCAACCAAGAAUGGACUUCCGGGUUCCCGUCCCAGUUCUCCAGAGAGAGAAGUGAGGAAGAGUCUAGAUCUCAACCUACAAACUGCCACAGCUCCUUCCAGAGGCAAAACCCUCCCCACGCCGGUACAAAAGAGGAAAGUGGAGACCGUCCCCUUGGCGACUCAGGUACCCCCUGCCACCCCCGUGCCCUCCCUGCCAAGUUCAGCUGAAGCCUCUCAGGCAUCUGUUUUUCCUGCUGUGAGAGAGACCACCACCUUUAAGGCCCGCGAAGACCAUGAACCGAUCUCUUCACUCACAACGAACGGCACUGCUCGACGACUAAUCCCCCCUCAGCCUGGCAGGAAGAGGAAAGCUAAUUGUGGUGGAACUGACGAGAUGAUAAAGGUUUUGCAGUAUAACAACCCUCAAAGUGCCAGUGUCUUUCUACCACCACCAGAGGAUUCCCAGGACAGUUCGGAUGGCAUCCCGACUGCACCCCGUAUGACAGGCAGUCUGGUGUCCGAUCGCAGCCAUGACGACAUCGUCACACGCAUGAAAAACAUCGAGUGUAUAGAGCUGGGACGGCACAGACUGAAACCCUGGUACUUCUCACCGUACCCACAGGAACUCACCGCAUUGCCCAUCCUCUACCUCUGUGAAUUCUGUCUCAAGUACCUCAAAAGCCUCAAAUGUCUGCAGAGACAUUUGACCAAGUGUAAUCUAAGACAUCCUCCAGGCAACGAGAUCUACCGUAAAGGCACCAUCUCAUUCUUUGAGAUUGAUGGCAGGAAAAACAAAACUUAUUCCCAGAACCUGUGUUUACUUGCUAAGUGUUUCCUGGACCACAAAACGUUGUAUUACGACACAGACCCUUUCCUCUUCUAUGUAAUGACAGAGUAUGACUCCAAAGGCUUCCACAUAGUGGGCUACUUCUCUAAGGAAAAAGAGUCGACUGAAGAUUAUAACGUCGCCUGCAUUCUAACCUUACCCCCCUACCAGAGGAGAGGUUAUGGCAAGCUGCUCAUUGAGUUCAGUUAUGAACUGUCCAAGGUAGAAGGGAAGACCGGCACUCCUGAGAAGCCGCUUUCUGACCUCGGUCUCUUGUCCUAUCGCUCCUACUGGUCACAGACCAUCUUGGAAAUUCUCAUGGACCUUAAACCUGACAAUGGAGAAAGGCCACAAAUUACCAUCAAUGAGAUCAGUGAAAUCACAAGUGUAAAGAAAGAAGACGUUAUUUCUACGCUUCAGUACCUCAACCUAAUCAACUAUUACAAGGGUCAGUACAUCCUGACGCUCUCAGAGGACAUUGUGGAAGGACACGAGAGAGCGAUGCAGAAAAGGCACUUGCGCAUAGAUCCUAAAUGCCUUCAUUUCACUCCGAAGGACUGGAGCAAAAGGGGCAAGUGGUAGAGUCCUGCUGGGGUCCUCGGAUAUUCUCAUCGAACCGGGACAGCAGACGUUCAGCAGACUGUGGCUCAGAUAAAGGUUUUUGUUGAGCGGUCUCACCGAGCACCUUUUUGAACCCAGGACUUCUCUUCAGAUACAGUUACUGAGACUCUGCAUUACAUCUUGUGAAUUAAAUAAGCUGUCAAACCUGGGUCAAACGAAAGACUGGUAACAAUAACACCGCCAAAAAUACCGCACACCUUCUACUGUGUAAAAGAUCCUGUUUAUGACCAAAACAGUGCAUUAAAAGUGACAUAAGGUGUCUGUUUAAUAGUGUAGAUUAAAGCCUAUUGCAAACAUGCAAACCACCUAAUAGUGGGUUUUAUAGAUAAGAUUUUUAGUUUGAAAGUGAAUUGCACCAUCUGUCCACAUUUUGUAAAACCUAGAAAGUGACUUUAUUUUUCUUUUGUUGUUGUUGCAUCGGCCAACACAAACAAAAGCGUCUUUUUGUCUACAUCUUUUGCAUCUGCCAUUUUAAAAUGUUGAAUAUCAGAAUUAUUUAUGUAUCCUGAAAAGGUUUGAUCGUGGAAAGAGUCAAACAGAAAUCCUUGCGUGACUCAAAGGAAGUCAUAUUUAUGAAAAAUGUUCUGGACCUGUAGCGCUCAACUGAUGCCUGACGUACGCUCAAAAAAUGUUGACAUUUUCUACUUUAAAUAGAGAUUUUUGUUCGUCUUGUUCAGGCUUCAACAUCCUUGAAAAGAAUCUUGCUGGGUACCAUGAGGUUCACGUGUUUCUGCAGUAAGAUUCUAAUUCUCAUCUCAGCACAGUAAAUUUCAAUUUCUUUCUCUUCUAGUGCCUGAAUUUUAAUGUCUCAACAGAUCAGAAAUGUUCUGGUUGGUUUUUUUUCUUACCAUACACUUCAGGCUGUUUUUAGUGCCAGCUAGUAAAUAAAAUACGUCUCGCACGUACAGACAAAAAGCCGCAAGAAUCGUUUGGAUUCGUACUCAAAGCUUACACCCAGACGUCAGAAAACCUUUUCGUUUCUAUUGUUGCUUUAGAACCACCAUGGUCAAUUCAGGUUUAUCUUCUACAGAAGUCGCUCUGCUUUUAAUUUCACUCGUUUCAAGUGGUUGAAACCAUUUACCUGUCCAGUAGUGCCGCUGUCACGAUCAUUGAGACAAAUCACCUUCCCCGAGUGAAACAUAUGUUCCCUGUGACUGUACAUACUGAAGACAGAAGCCAUGUUGAACUGUUAGAGGAAUGUAAAUUUAGUGUACAGCUCUUUCUUUCUUUUUUUUUUUUUUACUUAAUGUUAUCUAAAAGACUGCACAAAUAUUAACAGGAAAAGACCUAAAAGUGAUAUCUUACCUUCAGUUUGUGUUUUAUGUUUACAUGUCAAAAAGGAUGUUGAAUUUACCCUGUUGAAAUGAUUUAGUAUAUCUUUAUGUGAAACACAGUUGAGAGUAUCAUUUGAACGUUUGAUAUGAAAAGCUUGUUGAAUUGAUAAAAAAAAUUCUUAAAAACCA